CGUGGACCGAUGCGAGCCGCGCUUCUCGUGCUUAUUAAAUUCCUCGGCGACGUUGGGCUCUCAUUUCCGCCCUAAUAAAUUAUCCCGCUUGCUUCCUCCGCCAGUGAAGAGGAGGAGCGAGAGGGUUUCGCUAGUGCACCGACGGUCGAAUGAGAUUUCAGAGAUGGCGUGCUAGCAACGGUGACUUGGUUUUUGACUGGGAGAAGACUCUUUGCUCCGCGGAGAAGCUUCCAUUUGAUCUUGCACACACUAAAACGAGUCAACAAAACGUGAGCGCCCAGAAGCCAGGGGAGUUCCUGGCGAAGGUCUUCCGAUGCUCAAGUCAGUACAAAUUCUGGACGGGUGAAUGAAGAACAGUAGAGAACGUUCACGCGAGAGUAAGCUUGAGAUGUUGAAAAAAUGUACUUUGCCAACGGAGAUGACCCCUUUAUAUACCACAUUUCAUAAUUUUUGUAAUCAUGAGAUGACAAAGAAUGUCAGAGGUUGUUGGGUAAUGGGUAGUGUACAACCUGUCCAAUAAUUGUUCGAGAAAUCUUCCAUUACCCACAUGUGUAUCUCUUUUGUCAUUUAUAACUUAUGCCAUUGAUGAGGCAAUUAAAGGAAUAUGUUGUUAUAAGUGGUCGCUGAUGAGAAACAUGAUAAUCCUCGAGGAAGGUUCAAAAAAAAUAUUCUCUAACAUAUGGUUGUUAUUCUGACAAGUUGUUAGGAUUCUCUAAUCAUGUUGUCUGCUAGGUAUAUUUCGAUCGACCUAUAAGGUCAACCGUCUUUAUGCCUGCCCUUGCAUUAAGCUGCUUGACUUUGUACUAAAUGGCGUUAGCAAUCUAUUCGGAGAAUAAUAUAAUGCCUUGGUCAUGCUGGAAAUCCAUUUGAGAAGCAAUAUGAUAACCUAUACGUGUUGAAAAUCCAUCCAGGAAGUAAUAUGAAGCUAAGUGCCUAAGAACCGGUCGUCCUUUUAUCCGGCCAGGUGUGUAAGUGCCUCAAGUUUGGGUUAUAGGGCCACCAAAACUCGUCCGAUUAUAUUAUUGAACGGAUACACAGGCAUAUUGUCAUAUGAAAACCCAGUAAUAGGGUCGACCGGUUGUGCAUAGAGAGGCUCGUACAAAGUAAGGAGUCUUGACCUUUCCCUCGACCAGACCUAUGGUCGAUCGAUUGUGUGGUGGGUCGGACAUCUCUUAAACUCGGUUGGCUAUUACAUGACCAGACAUGCUAGCUUCCCAAUUCAAGAGUAAAACAUCAUACCCCCUAUGUCCGAUCGACUUAAGGGUCGAACGGUCCUAUUCCGAACGACUUGUAAUCCGGUCGGGUUGGCCUUGCAAGUUUUAGUGCUAGGUGAAUAACAAAGCCGAUUGGAGAAUACUUCUUUCUCUUGACUUUGACCAUCACGUCACUUUAAACUUUGAUCUCAACAUCAUCUUCUGUGUCUGCUCGUUACAUCCCAUAUUACUAACCUCUCGUCUAGUCGAAGGAGGUGUAGCCGACUGAUUGGAACCAAGUCCGAUUUUUGUCCGUUCACCCCUUUGACUAGGGUCGUUCGGAGAUUCGUGUUUUCAUUUGCGCCUGGGUACUUAGUGAUAUUUUUUAAAAAUUGUCUGUCAACGGUCAUCUAUUUAGACGAGAGUACCGAGAAUGCGCGGAGAGGCGCUUUGGUUGUAUAAUGAUGCAGUUGUCACCUCCAUCAUAAAUGCUCUUUUAUGGGCGAAUGUCACGUGGCUCCACUCCUCGUUCUUUGAAAUGUCAUCUAACGCAUGCUUCUUCGUAUGGAUCAAUGACACCUCUCUCCUACAAAUCAACGAUCCUCUGUGUCUGCUAUUUUGAUCUAACGACUGUAAUGGCUAUAAUCAGGUUGUAAUCUACAAAAACCCUAAACGACACCAACUCCUAACACUUUGCGCUUCGUCUUCCCUGCUCUUCAUCCUCGGCGAUUUUCCUUUGCAAACCUCUUCGUUUUCAUGCCCUAAGUGAUCUAGUAAGUUGCUUGUUCCCUUUUUUAUCUACGUUCUCCCAUGGCUCAAAAAUCUUUCACUUUCUGGUAUACUCUUACUUGCUUAGACUUUGAUAACUCUGAUAGAGUUUCCAUCCACCUUCGGUUUGAAAUCCCGAAGAGUUACCAUAUUGUUAUUCUUGCCCUGGACGCUCGUCCUCAUCGUCCUCCUUCUAACCAUAUUACUUUCUUUAAGGAUCUGUUAGCGGCCGACCUACGUUUUCUCGUACCUCUGUUUAUGUUGGAGGCGAGUCGAUAUUUCAAUAUUCCUCUAUAACAGUUUGCCCUAAAUGCAUUUCGCACUAUGUGCAACAUGUUCAUGCUAUUUCACUUGUAUGGCAUUCCUCCGAUUCACAAUCUUUAUUUGUUCUCUUACCCUAAGAAAUUAGAGCCCAUGGUCUUCCUUUUUCAAUCUAGCCUGAUGGCGGUUUUCUUCGAGGACAUGCUUUCCUCGAACAAUGGUUGGAAAUCUCGGUUUAUCUUUAUUGAGAUGCCUGAGCCAGUCACCUGGUCAACCGAAUUGCAAUCUUCCCUUCCUCCGCUAAGUGCGACCUAGCCUUUAUUUCAUAUGCCACUAAGCCGAGCGGCCAAUGCUUUAAAAUCCACAAGUGGCUACGUGAAGGCUUAUUUUACUUGUUUGGCUUGAGCCACAUUCGGACAAAGUUGUCAUGCUCUUUUCGUAAGUUUUGGUAACUUGGUCAUUAUGUUAUUACUAACUAAGAUAUUUCUUAUUUUAUGCAGUGAAUGUCAUUUUUGAAUCUCUGGUCGUUGACGAGAUUAAUUUGGGGGAAGAGCUCUUUGCUCAGGAGUGGGCACUGUUAGCUGAGUGGGCUUCCCAACCAGCCAUCCCUUCCAGCGGGGCUUCUGGCAGCCGGACGACUAAAUCCACCACGGCCAUUGCUUUUGGAGAGUUAUCUCCUUAUCCUCUCUCGAUGUCAGAUGGUUCCCCUUUGGAGGCGGAGGUCAUCCCAAAAAGGAGAUGUAAAAGGCGUAAGCUCGUUCAUACCCAAGGCCCUAAAGGACGAGCGCCCCCCGUUGAAACACCUUCUUAGCCUUUAUCUCCAACCCGGGAAGAGCCCGUUCAGGAAGAGACGCAAGCACAAUCCUUUGAGCAGACUUUGUUCGCCCUCUCCCUUGUCAGUUCAACGUCGGAAAUCACUCGCACAAGAGGUCACUUCCUCGCCGGGCAGCUCUCCAACUCUUGCCCUUCUCAUGUCUCCUCGUCCGAGGACUCUCUCGACCUCCACCCUUGCUGCGCCAAGGAGGCCUUAUCAGUUCUCAACCACCCUUGAUGUACUGUCCAACCAGGCCAUAACUUCUCCAUCGACUGCCCUCCCUAUGAUUGGCCAAAUAUUUCCGAGGGGUUGUUUAACGGAGGUCUCGGAGGUAGCAAGGAACCUGCUGAGCGAGCUUACUCCCGCGGAAUUAGCCGAUGAGUAUUUAUACAAACUAACCAUGCAAUGGGCGACAUGGAUGGGCUUAAUGCAGAAAUUGUCAGCUCUGGCCCAGAACAAUGCAUCCUUGAAGCAGCGCGUUUCUGAGGCUGCUACUGUGCACGCCCCCAAUCGGCUGAGCGAGCUAGAGACUCGGCUUCACAAAGCUCAAGGAUUGGCCAAAAUCGAGCUCGAGAAAGUGGCCAAACUAAAGACUGCCUUGGAGACUUCUGAAACCCAACUCUGCUUGGAAGUAACUCGCCGAGCGAAAAUGAGAGCGGAUUUAGACGAAAAAACUGUAGAGGUCGAGCAUCUUUCCGCUCAGAUGAAGGAACUAAAAACUAUACAUGUCUCUGAGUUGGCUAUUAAAGAAUCUGAGCUAGUGGCUCAAAAAACUGAGUGGGAUUCUCUACGUUCGGACUUAGACCGCCCAGACUAUUCUAUCUACUAAAGAAACCGAGCUGGCGAAUCUCUGCUGAAUUAACAGUUGCCUAGGCGGCGUUGGAUGCCUACCAAGCGGGAGAAUGCGAGCGAUUUGAAAUAUGGAAAAAAGCUCUCCUCCAAUCACAUGAUUUCAAUGCAUCGAUUGCUAGCUCUAUCAAUAAAGCUCUUCUUCUCGGAGCUGAUGGUGUCGUGGAACAACUAAAGGAGGGAGGGUAUCCGGCUUCCGAAUCCCCUACUCACUUCGCAAGAGAUUGCUCUAAAAUCGCUCGCGUGGCUUAUUUUCUAAUUUACUGUGAUUUGCCUUGUCUUCCUUUCAUCUUUUAGUUAAUGAACAAGAACUCAAUGCUUGUGUCCGCUGUACAGUUAAGUGUCUAUUGAAUUAGUCAUUUGUCUUCA